AUGGACGCCUUCUACUCGACCUCGUCGGCGGCGGCGAGCGGAUGGGGCUACGACUCGCUCAAGAACUUCCGCGAGAUCUCCCCCGCCGUGCAGUCCCACCUCAAGCUCGUUUACCUGACCCUAUGCUUUGCCCUGGCCUCAUCUGCCGUGGGUGCUUACCUGCACAUUGCCCUGAACAUCGGUGGGAUGCUGACAAUGCUUGCGUGUAUCGGAACCAUUGCCUGGAUGUUCUCUGUGCCAGUCUAUGAGGAGAGGAAGAGGUUUGGGCUGCUGAUGGGUGCAGCCCUCCUGGAAGGGGCUUCGGUUGGACCUCUGAUUGAGCUUGCCAUAGACUUUGACCCAAGCAUCCUCUUGACAGGGUUUGUUGGAACCGCCAUCGCCUUUGGGUGCUUCUCUGGCGCCGCCAUCAUCGCCAAGCGCAGGGAGUACCUGUACCUCGGUGGCCUGCUCUCCUCCGGCCUGUCGAUCCUGCUCUGGCUGCAGUUUGCCACGUCCAUCUUUGGCCACUCCUCUGGCAGCUUCAUGUUUGAGGUUUACUUUGGCCUGUUGAUCUUUCUGGGAUACAUGGUGUACGACACGCAGGAGAUCAUCGAGAGGGCGCACCACGGCGACAUGGACUACAUCAAGCACGCGCUCACCCUCUUCACCGACUUUGUCGCCGUCCUCGUCCGGAUCCUCAUCAUCUUGCAGCUCAAGAACGCAGGCGACAAGUCGGAGGACAAGAAGAAGAGGAAGAGGAGGUCCUGA